AUGGGUGAAGAAAUCAGUGAUGCUGAUUGUGAACUCGCUUUGAAAUCGUUUGCUGAGCUCACAGGAACAGAUGAAGCGUGUGCACAUUUCUUUUUACAAGAUGUCAAUUGGCAAUUACAGGUUAUUUUUGAUUAG